AUGGUCUAUAUAGAGAUUAACGGGGAAAGCAAACGCCACACCCCGGGGGAGGACACCUCACACGCCAGGACAUGGCCACGGGUGACGUGCAACAAUAAUGGGAUGGAGAGCUCCUCUGACCGACGGCCGUCUCCCCCUCUCAUCCAACAACACGUCUUCUUCCUCUGCUGCAACACAGGCGCUGCUUACUCGCUGCCCUCGAUCUGCACCAACAUGAGUCCAAAAAAUGUUGUUUACAAGAAGAUUUGCAAGGACAAUUCGGUUGGCGUCUACAUGGGGAGAAGAGAUUUUGUCGACCGUGUUGACUCUGUGGAUCCAGUGGAUGGAGUCAUCAUCAUUGAUCCUCAGGCUCUGCAGCGGAGGAAAGGCUGGGCUCAGGCUGAACAUUUGAAGCAGCCAACUAUAUAUUUGAAUUUAGAAUAUUUGUUGUCAGCCAUUCAUCACAGUGACGGUGUCUCUACUCUGCCUCCAGUGUUCGUCACCCUGUCCUGCACCUUCCGGUACGGCAGAGACGACAUGGACGUGAUGGGAAUCGCCUUCCGCAGGGAGCUGUACCUGGCCACCCGCCAGGUGUACCCGCCUCUGCAGGACCUUGAGAAGGGAGUCCACACCAGGAUGCAGGCCAAGCUGCUGCACAAGCUGGGCAACAACGCCUACCCGUUCUUCUUCGAGUUUCCUGACAACCUGCCUUGCUCAGUGGCUCUCCAGCCAGGGCCCAAUGAUGUCGGCAAGCAAUGUGCCGUGGAGUUUGAGAUCAAAGCAUUCAGCGCUGAGAGCCAGGACGCUAAGGUACGCAAACGGAGCACAGUGAAGCUGUUGCUCAGGAAGGUCCAAUACGCUCCAGACAGCGAGGGAGUGCAGCCCUCUGUUGAUACCCCCAAGGACUUUGUCAUGUCAGAUAAACAGCUGCACCUCAAGGCCAGUCUGGACAAAGAGAUUUACUACCACGGUGAGGUCAUCAAAGUGAACGUCAGCGUCACAAACAACUCCAGCAAAAACAUCAAGAACAUCAUUGUCUCUGUGGAUCAGAUCGCCAAUGUGGUUUUGUACUCCAACGACAGCUACAUUGAAUGUGUAUCUGUGUCUUCAUGUCUCAGGGAUUCGGUGUCUCCCGGAGCGACUCUGCAGAAAGUCUACAAGCUGCUGCCUCUGCUGGCCAACAACACUGAGAGGAAGGGCAUCGCUCUGGACGGCAAACUGAAGCAUGAAGACACCAACCUGGCAUCAUCGAGCAUUAUCAAGGAAGGUGUUCUGAAGGAAGUCAUGGGGAUCAUGGUUUCAUACAGAGUCAUGGUGAAGCUCAUCGUCGGAGGGAUAAUGGGAUCAAGUGAGGUCGGCCUGGAAGUUCCCUUCAAACUGAUGCAUCCUAAACCUGAUGCAGUAAAGGAGAAUGAGGAGGAGGACGAGCUGGAGUUCCAGGAGUUCAAACGCUCCUACCUGAAGGGGAUGGUCGAUGACGAGGACGAAGAUGGAAACGUGUCGGGCGGUGACGAUAUGGAGCCCAAAGAGAAAUAAAGGAGAAAGACGGAGAGUCAGCCAGAGUGACGACGGCUGUAAAUAAGACCACUGGAAGUUUACGUCACCUCUGAGUUUUAGAUUUAAUUAAAAAUAGCUUUAGACUUAAUUAAAGGAAUGUGCCUGCAAAAGUUUAGAUGUUAGCAGACAGCUACUUAUUUCCACAUCCAGCAGGCCCUGAGCGACGUGAUCAUCCCAGGAGUGAUGUCUAAUAUAAGUAUAAUAUUAUAUUAUAAAAUAUAUAAAUAUAGACACGCUGACUUAACGUGGAGAUGUCAUUGUCUGAAUGUGUCUUGGAUAAUAAUAUUGAGGCUGAAGGCUAAUUAAAAGCAGUUUAAUACGGUAGCUAAAUCUCAUUCAAAGACCGAUAUGGUCUAUGAAUUAGAUUAGAAGUCAUUUGUAAGAAAAGAGCAUUUUUAGAUCCAAAGCAUUUUGAGACAACAUCACUAGUUAUAUGUUCGUUUUUUACAAUCAGUGAACAAUUGAUAAGUUGUGUCACCAUUCAGACGCCGAGUUUCCUUUUGGCCUGUGCUCUGGAGGAAAUGAUCACACUGUAAAACUGCUGCUGCUGAGUUCAGAUUUACUUUAGCAACACGUAUGUAAAAACAUGAACUGUACUCGGCAG